UGGAUGUGGUGACGUCACGCGCUGUUGUGAGUGCUAUGGCGUACCAGGAAGGGGAGUCGCUUGAAUCCUGGCUCAAUAAAGCCACCCACCCGACCAACAGGCAGGAGGACUGGGAGUACAUCAUAGGCUUCUGUGAUCAGAUCAACAAGGAGCUGGAGGGUCCUCAGAUAGCUGUGACUCUGCUCGUCCACAAAACACACUCGCCGCAAGAAUGGGAAGCUCUUCAGGCUCUGACAGUGUUGGAGGCAUGUAUGAAGAACUGCGGGAGAAGGUUUCAUAAUGAAGUCGGAAAAUACAGAUUUCUAAAUGAGCUGAUUAAAGUUGUGUCUCCAAAGUACAUGGGUGACACUGCGCCUGAGAAGGUGAAGCUGAAGAUCGUGGAGAUGCUGUACAGCUGGACGGUGGCGUUUCCAAAUGAGACCAAGAUCGGUGAAGCCUACCAGACGCUGAGGAGACAAGGCCUCGUCACACACGACCCCGAGUUACCUCUGGACAGGACUCUGAUUCCCUCUCCUCCGACGCGACCCAAACAUCCGGUGUUUGACAACGAGGACAUGGGCAAGCUGCUUGCUGAGCUUCUCCGGAGUAAAAAUCCAGAAGACCUCCAGGAAGCCAACAGAUUGAUCAAAAACAUGGUGAAAGAGGACGAGGCUCGAGUGCACAAGGUCACAAAGCGUAUUCACACUCUGGAGGAGGUGAACAUCAACGUCAAGCUGCUGACGGAGAUGCUGUCCCACUACAACAAAGACAGCUCCACCGCCUCCGACAAGGAUAUCAUUAAGGAACUCUACGAGCGAUGUGACAAACUGAGGCGUGCUGCUUUCAAAAUGGCCACUGAGACGGAGGACAAUGACACCAAUUUAGGUGACAUCCUGCAGGCCAGCGACGACCUCUCCAGGGUCAUCAACGCCUAUAAGAAGAUCGUGGAGGGGCAGCCCAUCAACGGGGACAGCGAGGAGCCUCGAUCCUCGGCCGCUCACAGUGAGAGCGCAGAGACCACGGACACACUGAUCGACCUCGACGACCUCGACACGCCGAGCCCCCCGCCCGCCCCGCCUCCCUUCCAGUGCUCAGAUCUGGUCUCCACCGAUCUCACGGCUCAUCCCAUCCCCGUCCUGCCUCCUCCGCCCAAACGCCUGGCCGGCUCCCACGGCAGUCAGAGCAGCAGCCCGAGUCACCCCCCCCUCGACAAGGCCUCCACCGCUCUCUCACUCCUGGAUGAUGAGCUGCUGUCUCUAGGACUCAACGACCCCCCUACCUCUCUGAGCAGCCAAUCAAAACCCAAGUUGAACGAGUUGUCCAAUCAGUGGACCUCCUUACAGGCUCCGGCUUCAGGUGUGGAUUUGUUCGGCAGUUUAGCUUGUUCAGGUCCAGCUGUGCCUCCAGCUGUACCACCUGCUGCCACAAACAGUCUGCAGGACCUGCAAGACCUGGCCAUGAUGGGCUUCUCAGAUCACAAGAGUUUGUCCGUCCAGAUGUCAGCCAGAGGAAGCAGCUUUGGGUUUCCUGCAGCCCCUCCCCUCAUUCCGGCGCAUGGCUCUCCCUCCUCGCCUUCUCUCCUCCAGGCAACGUUUCCCGGUUCUCCUGCUCUGUCCCACACCAAAACCCAGAGUCUGAGCUCGGCCCCCGGCAGCCCGCUGUUCCGCUCUCUGUCCCCCUGCCACCUCCCCCUCCAGGGCAGCCCGGCCAGAGCCGCGGACGUCUCCCUGAGCAACGUGCACGUCCCUCUGGAGGCCAUCAGACCGAGUAAAGUGCUGCCGGUGACGGCCUACGAUAAGGACGGCGUUCGCAUGCUCCUCAACUUUGCAUCAGACUGCCCCCCCGGCAGACCCGACGUGUUGGUGAUGGUGGUCUCUCUGCUCAAUACGGCGCCGCUGCUCGUUCACAAUGUGGUUCUGCAGGCCGCCGUGCCAAAGUCAAUGAAGGUGAAGCUGCUGCCUCCAUCAGGAACAGAGCUGGCCCCGUUUAACCCCAUCCUACCGCCAGCCUCCAUCACCCAGAUCAUGCUGCUGGCCAACCCAGCAAAGGAGAAGGUGCGUCUGCGCUACAAGCUGGCCUUCACACUAGGAGAGCGUCUGUGCAACGAGGUCGGAGAGGUCGACCAGUUCCCCCCACCAGAGACGUGGGGUCACCUAUAGAGGUGUGCAGCAGGGACAGACCGGUUCAUGCUCCAUGAAGGGGUGUGUGUGCGUGUUUGCACAUCCAUCCCAGAGAGAAAAGGAGGGGAAGGAGGGGGAUUUCAGCUGCACUCCACCUCACAGCUUCACAUUCCUUACAGUUGUUCAUUUCUCCUUUGUCCAUUGAUAUUCCAGGCAGUGAGAAGCAACAGCAGAAACUACAGUUGUGAUAAUACGGUGCUUGUAUACCUUUCUGCAGCUAACAAACUAAAGAUAAACUCUGGCUAAGACAGCCGUGGUGUUUACGGCUCGAUGGUAUUAAGAUGAGUAUUAUAAGGGAGAUGAUUAUAACCGAUUUAAAUGUGCUAUGAAUAAAGAAUCCAUGAGAGCUCAGCUCCUGACGGACGUGAUGGAUGCAGUAUCACGACAUUGCUAACCUCUUUAGCAGAGCUGAAGAUACAACAGCUGUGCUUUUAUUUAAAUGACUCCUCUGGCAGAGCACUUUCUUAUCCCACAGAAAAUAUACUUGAAUAUAUACAGAAAUUUGAAAACAAGAUCCAGUAGAUGUCCUAGACUGGAAGAAAUAUCAGUUUAGCAAAAAGUACAGAUUAUUUCAGACAUCUUUAAAUGGUUACUUGUUUAUCAAUUAUACUAGUAAAAUAAUUAGUGGACAAACUAUAUUUUACUUUUUGCUGUAAAGGAAACAAACUGCAUUGAAGUUGGUUCAUUUUAAUCAUUAAUACUUCAUUAUGUUUGAGUCAAACUCUGGUUUUAUUUCAUGUGAUUUAUUUAUGUGAAAAUAAAUGCAAUGUGAUUGUUUGCUUUCCAGUCAUGAUUUCAGCAGUGGGUUAUUAUAUUUCUGUUCUAUGCUUUAAGAUAUUUACUCCUAUCAUUGUCAGUAUUUGGAGUAUUUAUGUCUUAUUUAUUGUUUUCUGUUCCGUAACAGUAUUUCAGUGCAUCACUGAACCUAGAUAAUGUGAACUGAAAAACAAAUCUGAAUUCAAAUUUGGUGGCUCUAAAGGGAGAUCUGUCAGCAGUGAGACUGAGCUGAGAGCGGAGCUUCAUAAGUCAGUCGUGCCAGUCCUCCCUUAGGUCCCUUCUCUCCUCUGGGCGUCCUCAGCUCGUCGUACGGGAUGUACAGAGGAGGAGCGUGUUUACUGUACAUAGUGUGUAAUGUACCUAUCGUUUGUUGUAUGACAAGUUAUGUGAACACGUGACGUGUAGAUUUCAGGAGCGCGUUAGGUCUGUACAUACUGUAUGAUGUGCCAUUUGUUCGCUACAUGAAACAAAUAAAUACUUCUUUCAAUGGA